GGUGAACUUCGCGGCAGCUUUGUAAGCGCGCGCUAAGGCGGUUUCUUAAACGAAGCUCUGGAUCCAUCGGCCGACGAGGUAUUCGUAACUCCGGUCUCCGAUAUCGGCUUCAGGGAUGUCUAAAUUAUCUGCCACACUGAGACUAUUUGAUGCACAUUGUCAUCUCCAAGAUCCAAGAAUAUUUGAUAAAGCACCUCAAUUAAUUAGCACAGCAGUGGAUUCUGGAGUUCUGCGUUUUGCUGUCAAUGGAAUCUCUGAGAAAGACUGGCAUUUGGUGAAGCAGCUGAGUGAAUUACAUCCUUGCAUCAUUCCAUCCUUUGGUCUUCAUCCCUGGUGUGUUCCUGAAAGAACUACUGGCUGGCUAGAAAAACUUAAGGAAUUUUUUGAAGCAGUACCAACCGCAGCAGUUGGAGAGAUUGGUCUGGACAAAGGUUCAAAAGGAAAGGAAAUCAAUUUUAUAGAUCAGGUUGAGGUCUUCCGGCAACAACUUGAGCUUGCCAAGUCUUUAGAAAGACCAGCAUCCAUCCAUUGUGUACGUGCUUUUGGUGAUCUCCUUCAGAUAAUGAAAUCUAUGGGACCUUUUCCUGCUGGUUUCAUUCUGCACUCUUAUCUUGGAUCUGCUCAGAUGGUUCCUGAGUUCACCAAGCUAGGUGCUUACUUCUCAUUUUCGGGUUUUCUCAUGUCCAUGGAGGCAAAGAAGGCAAAGAAAAUGCUGAAAAUGGUGCCCUCGGAUAGGAUUUUGUUGGAAACUGAUGCGCCUGAUGCACUUCCUAAGUCAAAGGUAGACUCCCUCUAUUUUGUUGAAGGCGAUCCUUCUCUUCCCGAAUGUCUGAAGACCCAAGAACAAUCUGCUGCCCAAACAGGCUCACAACAAAGUACAGUGCCUGGUUCUUCCACCGAUGCAUCGACACUGCCAAAAGGGACUCUCAAUCAUCCAGCAAAUAUCCAAAAUGUCCUUGUUUAUGUUGCAUCUUUGUUGGACAUCAGCAAAGAAGAACUUGCUGAAUUGAGUUAUAGAAAUGCAGAGCGUUUAUUCUCUUUCACAGGUCUAGAAACUUCUUAGUGAAGAGAGUCCAAAUGUUUAGGUGAUGUUUUUAACAACUCGAAAUAAUGCUCCUUAUUGUUCCCUUAUCACUAACAUGUCACUUACCAUCUAGCAAUGAAACUUUUCUUGUGAAGAAUAAGUCAUAGGCGAUGCUUUUAUGGUGCAUUUGGUGUUGUGUAUCAACGACAUCAAGAAAUCAUCUGUGGCAACACAUGCAAUGCAGGAAAA